AUGGUGGAAAGGGUUUUGGGAAUGGAUUCCGCUGACCAACUCAACGGUUCCCUGCCUUUGGAAUUCAAUAAUCUUUCUCAUUUGAAGUCAUUGCAAUUGUAUGGGAAUGGAUUCACUGGUUGUUUGCCAGAAAAUGUAUGCCUUGGAGGGUUACUUGAAAAUUUUACUGCUUUCGAUAAUUAUUUCUCAGGUUCAAUCCCCAAAACCUUGAGAAACUGUACUUGGUUAUUUAGACUUAGGCUUGAUUGGAAUCAAUUAACAGGGAACAUUUCAGUUGAUUUAGGGAUAUACCCACAUUUGAAUUACAUUGAUUUGAGUAACAAUAGAUUGCAUGGAGAGCUUUCAUGGAAAUUGGGAAAGUGGAAAAACGUCACAAAACUAAAAUUGUCAAACAACAACAUCUCUGGCAGCAUACCACCCGAGCUGGGAAAUGCUACUCAAUUACAUUUUAUUGACCUUUCUUGGAAUCAUUUGCAAGGGCAAAUUCCUAAAGAAUUGGCAAAGUUGAAGCUGUUGUUCAAAAUUUGUCUUAAUAAUAACAAUCUUUUUGGCGUUGUCCCUUUAGAUUUGAAGGUGCUAUUUAAUCUGGCUGAACUUGAUUUAGCAGCAAAUCAUCUAAGUGGUUCAAUUCCUGAACAACUCGGAGAACUUCCACAUUUAUUGAUCUUGAAUUUGAGUCGAAAUGAAUUUACAGGAAGUAUUCCGUUUGAGUUAGGGGAUCUAUCUUUUCUAGAAGUUCUUGAUCUUAGUUACAAUUUGUUGAUGGGACAUAUACCACAACAACUUGGGCAACUGAGAAUUCUACAAUUGUUGAAUCUCUCUUAUAACAUUCUUUCUGGUUCGAUUCCAACUACUUUUGAUGAUUUGACGGGCUUGACUGCUGUGGAUGUAUCCUACAAUGAGUUAGAAGGUCCUAUUCCAGAUGUUAAAGCCUUCCGCGAGGCUCCAUUUGAGGCAUAUAGAAACAACAGAGGCUUAUGUGGUAAUGCUAGUAGUCUAAAGGCUUGUACGUCUAUCAAAAGUGGUAAAACCACUCAGACAAAGAGCAAAAAAGUUGUCAUUCAGAUUGUACUUCCAGUUUCGGCCACUCUAUGUCUUAUGUUCUUGAUUGGAGGUUUCCUGGUUCUUCUUCGACGCAGCAAAAGAAAAGCCCAAUCAAGGGAAUCAAAAGAUAAAGAUACAUUGGUGAUACCUGGUCAUGAUCCAGAAUUACAGUAUGAAAAAAUCAUUGAGGCCACAAAGGAUUUCGACUCCAACUAUUGCAUUGGGGCAGGUGGAAGUGGAGUAGUUUAUAAACUUGUGCUGCCAUCAGGUCGAGUGUUUGCUGUGAAAAAACUUCAUCCAUUACAGGAUGACAAGUCAGGGAACUUGAAAGCCUUUGAAAGAGAGAUUCAAGUGUUGUUAGAUAUUCGGCAUCGAAAUAUUGUGAAGUUACAUGGUUUUUGUUCACAUUCAAAGCAUUCUUUUUUGGUUUAUGAAUUUGUGGAAAGGGGUAGUUUGAGAAGCAUCUUAACCAGUGAAGAGCAAGCAGCAGAAUUGGAUUGGAUCAAAAGGCUAAAUAUUGUCAAAGGGGUGGCUAAUGCUUUAUCUUAUAUGCACCAUAAUUGCCCAUUUCCAAUCAUUCAUCGGGACAUUUCUAGCAACAAUAUUCUUUUGGAUUCAGAAUACGAGCCUCGUAUAUCUGAUUUCGGCAUAGCUAGGCUUUUAUUGCCUGACUCAUCUAACAGGACCUCAUUUGCUGGUACCAUUGGAUACGCAGCUCCAGAAUUAGCCUACACAAUGCAAGUGAAUGAAAAAUGUGAUGUGUAUAGUUUUGGGGUGAUAACAUUGGAGUUACUAAUGGGAAAGCAUCCAUGCGACCUCAUCUCAUCUCUUUGGUCAUCAGCAUCUUCCUCAUCACUGAAUGAUCAGCAUAAAUUGUUAAAGGAUGUGAUUGACCAGCGUCUUCCAGUUCCUGAAAAUCAAGUUGCAGAGGGUGUUGUCUACAUUACCAUGUUAGCAUUUUCGUCCUUGCAUAUCAAUCCCAAAUCUCGGCCUACGAUGCAACAAGUUUCCUCGAAGCUGAUUGCUAAGUAUCCUCCAAUUUCGAAGCCAUUCUCCACAAUAAGAUUAGAAGAACUAUUUCCCUAAAGUAGUGCCAACGUUUGAAUAUUUUCUUGCAGGUAUGUAUAGAUGUGUCCAUUGAGUGUCCCUUUCCUUUUAUAUUUUCUUACUUUGUCAUAUAUUUCUUUGACUUGUGUUUUGUUUUAUUAACUAAUACUAGAUUUACUGGUUGAUUUGCCCCAGAUUUAUUCUAGUGUUGAUGGUGUUAUUUUAGAAUCUGACUCUAAAAUUGCAGUGACACUAAAAUUGCCAAUUCCAUUAUUAAUAGUGUGUCAACUAGUGUUGCAGAUACCGUUGAUCCAACAUAAUUUCUGUGAAGCAAGUAGUGUUGCAGAUAUUUUAGCCAAACAAGAAGCAUUGCGAUCUGAAGAUUUCAUUCCUUACUUUUGAGUUUUUGCCUUGGGUUUUCGGCGUUAAUUUGGGUUUGCAUUUGCGUUGUUUUGAUUGGAACUUCUGUUCGAUGUAAUUUUGGUUGUCUGUACCCCUCAUUUCAUGCUUUUUUUUACUUAAUAUGCCAUGUUCUAGGUCAAGUGUAUCAGGGUGGCCUAUUGGCCAGAUUUUAGUAAAGCAUGUUCGUGCUAAGUUUU